AUGACCGACACGUCCGACGUCCGAUGGGACGUCACGUACUCGUACUUUAUCUCGUACGGGAGCAAGCUGUUUUCGUUGGUGUGGCUGUGGAUGCUGCCUCCCCAACGCCCGCAGAUGCAAGAACUCAAGAAGAAGGGCGGCAAGAGCACCUUGGCCGGCAUCGUCCUCAUCGUGAUCUUUGUUUCAUGCCUGUCGUUCUCGGUCACGUCCAGCAUCAUGUCCAUCUACCCGUCGACCAAGUGCCACCGCAUUGCGGGCGGCAACGGCAAGUACGACGCCAAUGGCAAGUGCCCUGCCGUCAAGAGCCGCAAGGGCUAG